AUGAGCCCGUCAAGGGAAAGCAAUGGCCAUAGCAUUGCCCGACCGGCGCCGCUGCGGAUAAACAGGGUGUCCCACAUCAUCCACAAGCACAGCCCCGCGCCUUCCUCCUCCAACUCCGCCGUCUCCGGCGACGGCGCCGGAGGCCAAAAGCAGCAGCAGCAGCAACAACAACAACAGCAACAGCAACAGCAGCCGGUGAUCAUCUACGCCUACUCCCCCAAGAUCAUCCACACGCCGGCAAGAGACUUCAUGGCCCUGGUGCAGAAGCUCACCGGGAUGUCCCGCGCCGAGGGCUUGGGUGCCGGAGCGGCGUCGGUGCCGCGGGAAGGCCGCGCCAGCGGAUACACGCCUCCGCGGGAAGACCACGCCAGCGGAUACGCGCCGCCGCGGGAAGACAGCACCAGCGGAUACGCGCCGCCGGGGGAAGACCGCACCAGCGGAUACACGCCGCCGCGGGAAGAUCGCGCCAGCGGAUACGCGCCGCCGCGGGAUGACAACGCGUCGUUCUGCUCCCCCUCACCGGAGAAACCCGUCGGCAGCCUAUUCGCGCCGAUCCCAAUUCAUUUCUACAGAUGCCCGGAGGCUUCCGGCUCCUUCUCGCCGUCGACGAUGGAGCUCUUGCAGGCGUUCUGUGACUACUGA